GCACCCAGUCUGUGCCCAGUGUAUGGUAAUUUUCAUUCAUUUCCCUCCAGAAGAUAGGGGAAGUUGGAAUAACAUGGUAAGGAUGGAGCUGGCUGCUGCCACCUGAAAGGCUGAAAGGUCAGCAGAUGAUCAUGGACAUCAGAUCAGUCACCAGCAGUUAGAAGAGGGCUUGAAAGUGCUGCCUGCCCAGGCUGCUAGCACGAGUGUAGGCGUGUCCCCCUUGCCCUUCUUUAGCUCCUCUGUCACUCCUUUCUUGACUCCACCUCCUGGCUCAGUGACCUUGCCAGAAGGAAAUGUUUCUCUGCUGGCAACAGUAUUUGAAGCUGAGUUGCUGAGGGAAGUUAACAGAGGAGGCGUCUGAGUUUUAGCAGGUAAAUUGUCAGAAGACUCCAAGGGUAUUGUCCUUCUUCAUACUGCUGACCUGUAGCAAGAUAAUCCCUAUUUUCCAUGACAGGAGUUUCUAGAGUUCCGUGAGGCUUUGAUCAAGUCCCAAGGGAAUACAUUUUCAUUUUCUCAAAGAAAGGCAAAAAGGUCUAACCAGUGGUAUUUACCAUCAUGGAUACCAAGAGCCAUACUCACCCCCAGGAGAGACCCACACGCUCCAACAAUGGAAAGACUUCAGCGGAGGGUAACCGUUCAUUGAUACAAGCUGUUGAAGGUAGAAACAUUGAGCUGGUCAAGGAAUUGCUAGAAAGAGGGGCUGACGUCAAUGUCCAGGAAAAGAAAUGGGGCUGGACGCCUCUGCUUACUGCAGUACGAAGUGGCAGGGAGGACACUGUGGACCUUCUGCUUGGUUAUGGUGCUGACCCUUGUCUCAGGAAGAGGAAUGGGGCCACUCCCUUCAUCGUCGCUGGGAUCGUGGGAAAUGUGAAGCUGCUCGAGCUUUUCCUUUCUAAAGGCGCAGAUAUCAACGAGUCUGACAAGCACGGCUUUACAGCUUUCAUGGAAGCUGCUUGCUAUGGUAAGGUGGAAGCCUUGAGAUUCCUAUAUGAGAAUGGAGCACAGGUAAAUUUGGGCCGAAAGACAAUGGAGGAUCAAGAGAGGCUCAGGAAAGGAGGGGCCACAGCUCUCAUGGAUGCUGCUGAAAAGGGACAUGUAGAUGUCGUGAAGAUCCUCCUUGACGAGAUGGGGGCCGAUGUCAAAGCCAGGGACAACAUGGGCCGAAAUGCUUUGAUCCGUGCUCUUCGGAACGCUGAUGACAGCAAGAUAGAGGCCAUCACUCGCCUUCUGCUGGACCGCGGGGCUGAUGUCAAUGUGAGGGGAGAAAAAGGGAAGACGCCCCUGAUUCUGGCAGUGGAAAAGAAGCACAUCGGUUUGGUAAAGAUGCUUCUAGAACAAGAAGAUAUAGAGAUUGAUGAGACAGACAGAGAGGGCAAAACAGCACUCUUGUUGGCUGUCGAACUCCAACAGACAGAAAUUGUCCGGUUACUGUGUCAAAAUGGAGCCAGCACGGAUUGUGGAGAUCUUAUUAGGAUAGCAAAGCGCAAUUAUGACAAUGCUCUUUCUGAGUUUCUUCUUGAUCAUGGAGCCAGAGAAGAUUUUCACCCUCCCACUGAAGACUGGGAACCUCAGAGCUUACAUUGGGGGCAGGCCCUGAAACACCUCCACAACAUGUAUCGCCCUAUGAUAGGCAAACUCAAGAUCUUUAUUGAUGAAGAAUAUAAAAUUGCUGACACGUCAGAAGGGGGCAUCUACCUCGGCUUCUAUGAUGGCCAAGAGGUAGCUGUGAAGCGAUUCUCGGAAGAUAGCCCAUGUGGACAAAAGGAAGUGUCCUGUCUCCAGAGCAUCCGAGCGAACAGUGACCUGGUGACAUUCUAUGGCAGUGAGACCCACGGGGGCUGUCUGUAUGUGUGCAUGUCCCUCUGUGAGCAGACGCUGGAGAAGCACUUGGCUGAGCCCAGAGAGGAGGCGGUGGGAAAAGAGGAAGAUAAGUUUGCCCAAAACACCCUCUUAUCUAUAUUUAAGGCUGUUGAAGAGCUCCACCUGAGGUGUGGAUACACUCACCAGGAUCUGCAGCCACAGAACAUCUUAAUAGAUUCCAAUAACGCUGUUCGCCUGGCAGAUUUUGAUAAAAGCAUCAAGUGGGCUGGAGAGCCAGAGGAAAUCAAGAGUGAUCUAAAGGCCCUUGGAUUGCUGGUCCUAUAUGUGAUAAAGGGGGGAGACAUCCUUUUUGAGACGCUGAAGACUAAAAGCGAUGAAGAGGUGAUUCAACGUUCUCCAAAUGAGGAAAUUCAGAACCUCAUUCAUCACCUCUUCUGCCCUGGGGAAAAUGUGAAGGACCAUCUGAGUGGCCUGCUGGAUCACCCUUUCUUCUGGAGUUGGGAGAGCCGCUAUAGGAUGCUUAGGGAUGUGGGAAAUGAAUCCGACAUCAAAACACGAAAUCAGGAGAGUGAGAUCCUCCGACUACUGGAUAGUGGACUAUCAGAAUGUCGCAGAAGUUUUUACGAGUGGACCACUAAGAUUGACAGCUAUGUUAUGGAAGAAAUGAAUAAGUUUUAUGAAAAGAGACGCAAUUUCUACCAGAACACUGUGGGUGAUCUGCUAAAGUUCAUCCGGAAUUUAGGGGCACACAUUGAUGAAGACAAGAAUAAAUGGAUGAAGUCCAGAAUUGGAGACCCUUCUCAGUAUCUGCAGGAGACAUUCCCCGAUCUGGUCAUCUAUGUCUAUAUGAAACUACAGAACUCAGAAUACAGAAAGUAUUUUCCCAAAACUCACCAAGAAGCCCUGGCAUGAUGGGGCCAGCAGUGGCUGGAAGGCUGGCCAGCUUUGAGUGCUGACCAAGCCUUCUGAGUUCACGGAGGCCCUUACUAGCUGUAUAAUCCUGAGCAAGUCAACAACUCUCUGGGCCUCUUAACUAACCUGGUUGCUUGUGUGGGAUGAGUUAGAUAGCCAAUUGUCAGUUCCUGGCACAAUGCCUGGCAUGCCCCACAUUUAUAACAAAUAAAGUGUAUGCUCAAAUUACCCUGGCCCUUUUUAUGGGUAAAGAAAGCUUCGAGGCAGGAGCCGAGAGAGCAUCCUGCUUAAGCUUACUUUUGUAAAUUGCACCAAAGGGGUGAGUGCCUAGACAAUGCUGUAUGUUUUACAUGAAUUAUUUCACAUAAUUCUCCCAGUGAUCUUGCGAGAUGGGUUAAUAUCCUUCUUUAUGAACUAAUGAACUUGAGACUCAGAGUUUGAACGACUUGCCCCAGAUCAUACAACUUGUACAGAGCACUGUGUAAAUGGAUGGGGGUGUUAUUGCUACCUCUCACUUGGGCACAUUAGGACUUAAUUACUCUGGAUGAGACCUAAAAGGAAUAUGUCAAAGGGGCUCCAGGUGGCCCUUGAUUGAUUGAUUGAUUCAUUCAUUCAAUAGUUAUUGAGCACUAGUAUAAGUCUAAGCACUAACUGUAUGAAUUCCCGUCCUUCUAUACCACCUGCACUGGUUUUCUAUGACCUUAAGGCAGUAGCUCUCAACAGGGGGCAAUUUUGCCUCUAAGAGGCCAUUUAGCAGUGUCUGGAGAAGUUUUUGGCUGUCCAAGCUGGGGGGUAGAGGGUGUCAUUGGCACAUAGUAGGCAGAGGUCAGGGGUACUGCCAAACACUCUACAAUGCACAGGACAGCCCCCCACAACACAGAAUCACCCAGCCUGAAAUAUCAGUGGUACUGAGAUUGAGAAACUCCUUCUUAAGGGGCUGGGGUCCUUUCAAACUGGUUGGGGCCCUGGACCACGGAGUGUGUUGGCCAUCUCACAGAGGCGUAACUUGGAUUUGGUUUUUGGCUUUUGGAUCCAUAGGGAGACAAUGCCAUUGUCACCUCCUCAGAACACCCUCACUUCCCACACCCCAGUCAGUGCUUUCUGCCUCCCUAGCACCCAUACCCACAUCACAGCGUGCUUCUCCCCACCUUUAUCAUGCUUCUCCCCCCGUGGGAUCUAAGCUCCUUGGGGCCAAUGAUAUAUAUAUA